AUGAGCUUCUCAAUUUGGCCGAUCUGCUUUAUUGCCUUGCUUGUUCGGAUUGCAGUUUCCGUCUUUUCUUUAUGGUAUGAUUCGACUCAUACGAUUUCAUUUACAGACAUCGACUACUUUGUUUUACACGACGCUGCGGGGUAUGUGUUCCAUGGAAAUCAAUCUCCAUAUACAAGAGAGACUUAUCGAUACACGCCGUUUCUUGCAUAUCUGCUGCUUUCGAAUUUCUAUUUUGAUUCACUACUAGUUGGGAAGCUGCUUUUUUCUGUCUUUGACGUAGGCACUGGAAUCCUUUUGUAUUUUAUCCAAAUCAACAGGGCUAUCCCUGCUGCCAGUGCAAUUAAAUGGACCUCCAUUUUCUGGCUGUUCAACCCGUUUGUGAUCGCCAUAACGUGCCGGGGGAACGCCGAAUCGAUUAUUUGUUUCUUUAUAUUGCUUUUUUUCUACUUCCACUCGGUUGGAAAAACCACGAUAUCAGCGAUUUUGUAUGGCCUUUGUGUUCAUUUGAAAAUAUUCCCCAUUCUUUUCAGCGUUCCGAUUUUGGCAAACUUUUAUCAUAAAGAAAAGAAUGCCAAAAACAGGAUCCUUUCAAUACUUCCUGUCAGCGGCGUUGUCUUUGCAAUGAUCAGUGGCGGCAUGUUUUUUGUUCUGUUGAUAGCCUUUUAUCUAACAUACGGGUUUGAUUUUCUUUAUGAAACGUAUCUUUACCAUUUAUCAAGAAAGGACCAUCGGCAUAAUAUGUCGAUUUACUUUUACUACUUUUACUUAUUGCCUCAUAUCCGAUUAUCUGAACACGUAUUGCUGGGAAAUUUCUUGAACCUCGCUUGUUUUGUGCCCCAGUUUUUUUUGACCCUGUUGAUUGGAUUCGUUUUUUGCGAUGACUUGGCAUAUGCGUUUUUCCUGGUCACGUAUUGUUUCGUGUCGUUUAACAAAGUAUGUACCAGUCAGUAUUUUGUUUGGUACAUUUUGUUUUUGCCUCUUGCUGUGCACAGCAUUUCGAUUGAGUUUAAAAAAAUACUUGCUUUGUGCCUGCUUUGGGUAUUCUCUCAGGCCAUCUGGCUUUAUAACGCCUACAGGCUCGAAUUUCUGGGUGAAAAUGCUCACCUUGACGUUUUCUUAUGUAGUUGCUUAUUUUUUAUUUCAAACAUUGCCAUUUUAGCUGCUCUAAUUGAGGCUUACAACCCGCACAGCGAAAUCAUUGAGGGUGGUGUAAAGGAAGAUUAA